AUGGCAAAAGACACAUACUUGAAGAAGGUUUUAGGCGCCGAAAGAUAUGCUGCAAUCCGUGCAUCCAAGGUGCUAAUGGUUGGUGCUGGUGGUAUUGGCUGUGAGCUUCUAAAGGAUUUGGUGCUUUCGGGAUUUGGGGAGAUUCACAUCGUCGACUUGGAUACCAUCACUUUAUCUAAUCUCAACAGACAAUUUCUCUUUAGAUUGAAAGACAUUGACGAGCUGAAAUCGCUCACGGUGGCAAAGGCUGUACAGAGCUUCAAUUACUUUGGUGCUCAACUAAUACCGCACCACGGAAACGUCAUGAAUCUGACUCAAUUUCCUAUCGAAUGGUGGGGACAAUUUGACUACAUUUACAACGCCCUAGACAAUCUAGAGGCCCGUAGGUACGUGAAUCGUAUGGCAUUGUUUCUUCGCAAACCGCUUAUGGAGUCAGGAACCACUGGUUUCGAUGGCCAAAUCCAACCUAUUGCACCAUACGAAACUGAGUGUUUCGAAUGUCAGGUGAAGGCCACUCCACAGACGUUUCCAGUUUGUACAAUCCGGUCCACGCCAUCACAACCUGUGCAUUGUAUUGUAUGGGCCAAGGAGUACUUAUUCAACCAAUUGUUUGGCGAGACAGCAGAUGCUGGAGUCAACCAAGCUGAGUUGAACAAGGAAACCGACGACGAAGAAGAGAUUCAGCGUAUUCUCUCGGAGGCUAAUGAGCUUGCGGCUCUUAAAAACUCGAUCGGCUCGAAAGAUUUUGCUUUUGAACUCGUUAGAAAGAUAUACAUGAAUGAUGUGGAGAAAUCUUUACGCCUUGAGUCCUUAUGGAAAACAAGACAAAAGCCCGAUCCUUUGAACUUCGAAGAAGAAUAUGCAGAGGAUGUGUUGGGUUUGUUAGCAAACGAUGCCAAUAAUGUGUUGUUGACCAGCGACACUAAAGAAUGGUCAACGUUGGAGAACUUGUAUGUGCUCAUUCAGUCAACUUACGCGUUGCAAAAGAGACUAAAAGCGGGGGAGACUAUAAUAUCGUUCGAUAAGGACGAUGAGGAUACAUUGAACUUUGUUGCAUCGGCAGCAAACUUGAGAUCACAUGUGUUCCAUAUCCAGAACAAAACUAAGUUCGACAUUAAGCAAAUUGCAGGAAACAUCAUUCCUGCCAUUGCUACUACCAACGCAAUCAUAAGUGGAUUUUCCAAUUUGGGAUCGUUGCAAUUCUUCGGUAAGACUAAACGUGCUGAUCAAUCCAAGACGGUUUUCAUAAGUAUUAAGCCUAACAAGAGAGCUACUUCAGCAUUGGUUGAAGGUCCCAACCCCAAGUGUGCCAGUUGUGGCAUCACUACCAAGGCCAUAGUCAAAGUCAGUGAAAGCGCGUUGGACAUGACGUUGAGACAGUUUAUUGACAGCCUUGUAGAUAAAUACGGGUACGGCGGAGAUGUAUCUGUCAUAUUAGGCAGCUCCAAAUUGAUCUACGACUUUGAUUUUGAAGACAAUGCGGAGAAGAAGCUUAGAGAUAUCAAUGGAUUCGUGGACAACGAAGUGCUCCUUAUCCAAGAUGACGAUGACGAACUACAAAACUUGGAGUUGUUGAUCCACUUUCAUGAGGGAGGAGAAUUGGAAUUGCCGGAGGUGACACUUCGUGAGAAGGUGAAAGUAGACGAAAAAGAGGAUCAGUCAGAUGAAGAAAAUGAUUACACCGGUGCAGAUGCUAUUGUCAUUGACGAAGAUCAACCACCAUCGAAGAAGCGCAAAAUUGACGAUAGUUUUGUUGAGAUAGAAAUACUUUGA